AUGGUGCUCGACUACAGCAAGUGGGACGCCCUCGAGCUCUCGGACGAUUCGGACAUUGAAGUCCACCCAAAUGUCGACAAACGGUCAUUCAUCCGAGCCAAACAAGCCCAGAUUCACCAACAACGUGUGCAGCGGCGCCACGAAAUACAGACGCUGAAGUAUGAGCGAAUCGUUAACGAUGGCCUGCUUUCUCGCAUUGAGAAGCUUCUUACAUCCUUCAAAGAGCAAGAAGGGUCCACAUCAAAUCCGGAAGAUGUUGUAUUUCAAGCACUCAUGGAAUUUGCGAUGAAUCCCGCAGAUGAUCAGCCUCCGCCAGCGCCGGAAGGAGUUCAUACACAGGAAAGGGAGCAGCCAAAAUACUCCCAAAUGAUGAGCGCAUUGGUGGAUCAGGUUAAAAAAGAGGUAGAGGAGUCAAAGCCCGACAGUCUAUUCCAAGCGUAUGUCAAGGGUGUCCAGGGGCACAAGGAAAAGGUGCAAGGCCUACAGAAGGAACUACUCACAAGGCUGGCCCAGCUAGAAAAGGAGGAGGGCAGCAAAAUAACCAGCGAAUCGAUUCAUACUGGAUUCGAUACUUCUCACAUUGCGAAGCCGAAGACUACCCCGGCGACAACGCAGAAAACCAGUUCCGUUGAGCUUUUGAACCCUACACCGGCGGCUGGAGCUUCCGGUCAAGAAGGCAAUGAUGAUGAGGCGCUUGAUGAUCCGGAUAGCGUGCAAGCCAGCGAAUUGGCCAAGAAGUUUUUUUUUUUUUUUUUCUUCGACUACCGAGUUCUACACCAGUACAUUUCAGAUCAUCCGGAAAUUGUCGCGGAGAAAGAAACAGAUGGCCUGCUGGUUGAAGCUUUCAAUAGCCAAAUGGAUGGCAAGGAUGACUUUGCGCGUCAAUGUGUCCACCAGGGCCUGCUACUGCAAUAUUGCCGUUCGCUUGGCCCAGACGGUAUCUCACUUUUCUUCAAGCGCAUUACAACAAGGGAACACCAGGCAGGAACCUUAUUUCGAAAUGAUGUCAACGAAACCUACAACAAGAUCAAGACUCGUGCUGCUGAACUAGCCAGGGACAGUUCAGCAUCCAACGAUCCCGCCGGUGUGGAGCAAAUUCAACUUCAUGCGGUAGACCCUAAUACUAAAAUUACCAUCAACAUUCCCCAAAGUGGGAGUAGCGAAGCUGUGGAAAUUGAAGCGCGAAAGAUUUACGAGUCAUUCUCCCAAGAGCUGCAAAAGGCAUUGGCGUCGGAGUCCCUCGAUGAAGUCAACAAGGUCCUCGGCAAAUUGAGUGUAGAAGAGGCCGAGGAUGUUGUUGAGAAGCUAGGACAGAGCGGCAUGCUUAGCCUUGAGGAAGGCAUUGUUGAUGCUACAACAGAAGAAGGCCGCAAAAAACUCGAAGAAAUCGAAGCUGAGGGCAAGAGAGAAAAACAGGCUGAGAAGAUUGGGGAGCCCAGCGGCGAUAUAACCGAGUUGGAUUGA